AUGUCCGGUCUGAACCGGGUUGCUAGUUACAGCGAGGGCGAUGACGGGGCGGUGGUCGCAGGUUCCCGCCAGCGUUCAUCACCAGAAGAGGGGCGUCUUAUAGACAGCAGGUACUACAGCGACAUGGACAUGAAUCGUACUAUCGCCUCACACCAGAGACACAGUCAAACGUACAACGACGGGAAUUUAGAGCCGGUGCCGGAAGGUCGGAGCUUGGAGCACACACGCACGCAGUUCACCGCAACGCCGGGGAUUGACAAUAUGGGGCCCUCGGCCGUGGGCGGAGGCAUCAGUGGUAUCGCCCUUGGCGUUGCUAAUACCCAUGACCGCCAGAGUGGUGUUGACGCUUUCAGGGAAACAGCCGGUCCAUUGUACAAUGUCCCCGCAGAACGAGAUUAUCACACCACUGGCGCCGAGAAUCCGUAUGUCCCCGCACCGCCGCCACAUUCAGAAGGCACCUUUUACGCCAGCUCAGAAACCCUGCGACCGCGCGAUUCCUACGGGUCGAAUGUUGCGCUGGGCGCGGCGGGUGCAGCCCCGGGACAGUUGACGCCGACUACGGCGCCUUCUCAGCACAGCAUUCAAGAUAGUCCUUAUCAGGGGGUGGGGGCGUUCAGUGAAGGGCCCUACCAACGGCAAUCGGUUUAUUCUACGCAAAACUACCCGCUCACGUUCAAUCCGGAUGAGAUUGCAGAUGACGGGGACGAUGGGUUUGUCAACGUGGCGCCGAAGGGUGUGUCGCCGUCGAGUCAUCAGAGCUUUAACGGAACAGCAGGUGCUGCCGCCGUUGGGGGAGCCGCUACAGGUGGGCUUCUAGGUGGUUUUAGGGGCUUGUUUGGGGGGAAGAAAGACUCCAGUCCGUCGUAUGGACCGGUUCCUGACCCAGGGCUGGAAGCAGCCGAGAAAGGACAGAGAGCUGGCUCGAUAGCCGGAGCAAACUCUUCGGAGAUCAAGGAUUUGAUGAAUAAUGCUAAUCUGCACAAGGUCUUCCCGGGAGUGGAUUAUACGCCAUGGGGAGUGCAGUACCCGCUUUGCUUGAAGUAUCCUCCUUCCCAAAACAAUGUCACGCGCGACCUCGCGGUUCUCUCGCAGUUGACCAAUACGAUCCGACUAUAUGGUACCGAUUGCAACCAAACAGAGAUGGUGCUUACUGCUAUCGACCGCCUCGAGUUGACCGACAUGAAGCUUUGGCUGGGUGUGUGGAUUGACAGCAACCAAACAACGAGCGAGCGCCAAGUCAAACAGCUUUACAACAUCAUCGAUGACGCAAACAACACCUCGAUCUUCAAGGGAGCUAUCAUCGGGAACGAAGCUCUAUAUCGCGCAGGCCCAGACAUUGCGACUGCCCAGACAACCCUGAUCAGCUACAUGACUGACGUCAAAAACCACUUCAAGCAAAAUAGCAUCGACCUCCCCGUGGGGACAUCAGACCUGGGUGACAAUUGGAAUCAGGAGCUGGUUGAGGCAGCCGACUUCGUCAUGUCGAACAUCCAUCCGUUCUUUGGCGGUGUUAAAGCCACCGAGGCAGCCAGUUGGACCUGGACUUUCUGGCAAAACCACGAUGCUCCGCUGACUGCAGGCACCAACAAGCAGCAGAUCAUCUCGGAAGUGGGUUGGCCUAGCGGUGGAGGGAAUGAUUGUGGCGAUGGCGACAACUGCGAAAAUGAUACUCAGGGAGCUGUAGCAGGUGUUGACGAAAUGAAUCAAUUCAUGGCCGACUGGGUGUGCCAGGCUUUGGAGAAUGGGACCGAGUAUUUCUGGUUCGAGGCCUUUGAUGAGCCUUGGAAGGUUCAGUACAACAUCGAAGGCGAAGAAUGGGAGGAUAAAUGGGGUUUGAUGGAUGCAGCACGCAAGCUGAAACCAGGCCUGAAAAUCCCCGACUGCGGCGGCAAGACCGCUACAUGA